CCUGUCAUGCUACAUCUUAUGCACCUUCAUUCAUACUUUGCAUUAGCCGUGAAUAGAAAAGACAACCGCACCAAACAACAUUUUGAUAAUAAACUUUAAUAUUUAAUGUUCAUGUUUAUGUUAAACGUUUGCUUAUAUCAGUAUUUGGAGCACGCGCCAUUUAGUGUGGUCAAGCGUCAAAUUACUGUCUGUCCCGGUUGCUUAGCAACGUCCCAAUAAUACUUACUGGAGAGUAAGUGUCUAAGUGCCUUUAGAAGAAGGAAACAUGUAUCAGGGAGCGGAGAUAAACCUGCCCCGAAAGAAGAAGGUGCGAGAAGCUUUCCGCUCAAACACCUACAGGAUAUUUAAUGAAAAGGUUCCAGAGCAGUUAAAUCCAGAUGAUGCAUACAAGGACAACAAAUAUGCCUCCAGAGCUCCAGAAAUGACUGAGUUGCUAAAGACACACAAUAAUCCACAGCCUCACAAUGUCAAGAUCAUAAGUACCAAUGAUAAAUGGUGGCUUAAUGCACCAGACAAGAAACAUCCUAGAGAACCAACAUACAGUAAGGAGAGCACACAGAGAUGUGACUACCAACCAGUCAAGCACAUUCCAGGGAUCAGGGUCCGAGGGUGGAGAAAUAAACCCCCAGCUACAGGAAUCAUUCCAACUCUGAGUCCCCUUUGCCAAUCUAAGGAAUUAGUGGAGCACAUGUCCUUCAUUCACCAAUACGACUCCAGAAAAAUUUAAAGCAAGCCCUGUCAAGAAGGGCGCCGUGGAGCCUUUGUGUGGAGCGAGAGGGGGGCGAUGGGGCCUAGUACAUUCCAGAGCUCGGAGGGGAUUCAUUCGGACUCAGAGGGAAAAACAUACAAUAUGAACUCUUCCCAGCAUGCCCUUCUGUCCUCUCUACAGAUGCAUGUGUCCACUGGGAUCUUCUCCACCCAGGCAAGCCCUGACCAUGGGAACUCCCACAGUGGAAAUGGCAAGAUGGCAGGGAUCCCUGCUUAGUUCAGUGGGAUCAAAGUCACAGCAUGAGGAUCCUGGAAAGAACCAUGGUGCACUUGGGUUUGGAAAAAAAUACAAAGUGAAUUGUUCUUUUCAUAUCCAGUGUCAUAUAUCAGAUUGUCACAAACAUUAAUUUAUAGUUAAUAGAACCAUACAUAUGUUUCUUUUUACAGCACUGUGCACUGUAGUUUUGAAAAACAGGAUUGCUGACUGUUUUUUUAAGUAAGGUAAUAGUGUUCACCUUCAGAUUCCUCUUUCAUUUAGUUCAUAUAAUAAAAAUAGUUCAUUAGUGGUGCAAAGCAAAAUAAAUGUGAGGAUAAAGUGCUGGUAUCUUGACCCACCCAGUAAGAGACAAAGCUGUUCCAUACAGUAAAGUAAUGCUUCAUCAAAUAUGAAUGCAUUAGGGAUGCACUGUAUGGGGAAAAAAUGCAGUCCCAGGAUUUAAAGGCUAAAUGGAGAGGCUUGAGAGUCCACCUGCAUAGGCCACUUUUUCGUAACACAUAAAAUACAGCAAUUGUUUAUGCCUAGUUGUUUGUUUAAGGUGUCAUGACUUGGUUUUGGCCCCAAACAAAAGGGUUUUAAAAAAUUGUUUUUGUCUUGUGCACUUAAUUUUCCACCCAAAGAUAUAAUUCAUAUAAUCAGUAAAACAUGUGUGUGGGUAUGUGUGUAUAAACUAUAUAUACACACAUUUGGUUUAGGAUUUGUUUAAAUGUGCAGUUUGUGAGGAAAAGUGUAUGUUGAUUACAAGUUUGUAUCCAAAACGAAGAAGACAAGAAAUGUAAUAUGCACUACAAAGAUGUUCCUUGUGUUUUGAGUCUGGUCUGUGCUUUAACCCCGUGCGUGCGUGUGUGUGUGUGUCACCCCGCCCUGUAGCUCAGUGCAGCAUUAGGCAGAGCUCUGAUACAGACUAAAGAAUAGCAGAAGCCGUGUUCAUAAGGAAUCAGUUCAUUGAUUUGAUUCUUCCGACAACUCACUAUUGAAUUGUUUGAUAUCAGAGUUUAAGCACC